AACCGGAAGUUCCUCUGUUGUGGGACUCAGCUGGUUCAUUUCUGUUGUCGUUCCUGUAAUUUUUCCGCUAUAGGUCGUACCCUCGCCGACGUUGCGAUGGGGGAAGCAGAGAAGUUUCACUACAUCUACAGUUGUGACCUAGAUAUCAACGUCCAGCUUAAGAUAGGAAGCUUGGAAGGGAAGAGAGAACAAAAGAGUUAUAAAGCUGUCCUAGAAGACCCAAUGUUGAAGUUUUCAGGACUAUACCAAGAGACAUGCUCGGAUCUUUAUGUUACUUGUCAGGUUUUUGCAGAAGGGAAGCCUUUGGCCUUGCCAGUGAGAACAUCCUACAAAGCAUUUAGUACAAGAUGGAACUGGAACGAAUGGCUGAAACUACCAGUAAAAUACCCUGACCUGCCCAGGAAUGCCCAAGUGGCGCUCACCAUAUGGGAUGUGUAUGGACCUGGAAAAGCAGUGCCUGUAGGAGGAACAACGGUUUCGCUCUUUGGAAAAUACGGCAUGUUUCGCCAAGGGAUGCAUGACUUGAAAGUCUGGCCUAAUGUAGAAGCAGAUGGAUCAGAACCCACAAAAACUCCUGGCAGAACAAGUAGCACUCUCUCAGAAGAUCAGAUGAGCCGCCUUGCCAAGCUCACCAAAGCUCAUCGACAAGGACACAUGGUGAAAGUAGAUUGGCUGGAUAGAUUGACAUUUAGAGAAAUAGAAAUGAUAAAUGAGAGUGAAAAACGAAGUUCUAAUUUCAUGUACCUGAUGGUUGAGUUUCGAUGUGUCAAGUGUGAUGAUAAGGAAUAUGGUAUUGUUUAUUAUGAAAAGGACGGUGAUGAAUCAUCUCCAAUUUUAACAAGUUUUGAAUUAGUGAAAGUUCCUGACCCCCAGAUGUCUAUGGAGAAUUUAGUGGAGAGCAAACACCACAAGCUUGCCCGGAGUUUAAGAAGUGGACCUUCUGACCAUGAUCUCAAACCCAAUGCUGCCACGAGAGAUCAGUUAAAUAUUAUUGUGAGUUAUCCACCAACCAAACAACUUACAUAUGAAGAACAAGAUCUUGUUUGGAAGUUUAGAUAUUAUCUUACAAAUCAAGAAAAAGCCUUGACAAAAUUCUUGAAAUGUGUUAAUUGGGAUCUACCUCAAGAGGCCAAACAGGCCUUGGAACUUCUGGGAAAAUGGAAGCCGAUGGAUGUAGAGGACUCCUUGGAGCUGUUAUCCUCUCAUUACACCAACCCAACAGUGAGGCGUUAUGCUGUUGCCCGGUUGCGACAGGCCGAUGAUGAGGAUUUGUUGAUGUAUCUAUUACAGUUGGUCCAGGCUCUCAAAUAUGAAAAUUUUGAUGAUAUAAAGAAUGGAUUGGAACCUACCAAGAAGGAUAGUCAGAGUUCCGUGUCAGAAAAUCUGUCAAAUUCUGGAAUAAAUUCUGCAGAAAUAGAUAGCUCCCAAAUUAUAACCAGCCCCCUUCCUCCAGUCUCUUCACCACCUCCUGCAUCAAAAACAAAAGAAGUUCCAGAUGGCGAAAAUCUGGAACAAGAUCUCUGUACCUUCUUGAUAUCGAGAGCCUGCAAAAACUCAACACUGGCUAAUUAUUUAUACUGGUAUGUGAUCGUGGAAUGUGAAGAUCAAGAUACCCAGCAGAGGGAUCCAAAGACCCAUGAGAUGUACUUGAAUGUAAUGAGAAGAUUUAGCCAAGCGUUGUUGAAGGGUGAUAAGUCUGUCAGAGUUAUGCGUUCUUUGCUGGCCGCACAACAGACAUUUGUAGAUCGGUUGGUGCAUCUAAUGAAGGCAGUACAACGUGAAAGUGGAAAUCGUAAGAAAAAGAAUGAGAGACUACAGGCGUUGCUUGGAGAUAAUGAAAAGAUGAAUUUGUCAGAUGUGGAACUUAUCCCGUUGCCUUUAGAACCCCAAGUGAAAAUUAGAGGAAUAAUUCCGGAAACAGCUACACUGUUUAAAAGUGCCCUUAUGCCUGCACAGUUGUUUUUUAAGACAGAAGAUGGAGGCAAAUAUCCAGUUAUAUUUAAGCAUGGAGAUGAUUUACGUCAAGAUCAACUUAUUCUUCAAAUCAUUUCACUCAUGGACAAGCUGUUACGGAAAGAAAAUCUGGACUUGAAAUUGACACCUUAUAAGGUGUUAGCCACCAGUACAAAACAUGGCUUCAUGCAGUUUAUCCAGUCAGUUCCUGUGGCUGAAGUUCUUGAUACAGAGGGAAGCAUUCAGAACUUUUUUAGAAAAUAUGCACCAAGUGAGAAUGGGCCAAAUGGGAUUAGUGCUGAGGUCAUGGACACUUACGUUAAAAGCUGUGCUGGAUAUUGCGUGAUCACGUAUAUACUUGGAGUUGGAGACAGGCACUUGGAUAACCUUUUGCUAACAAAAACAGGCAAACUCUUCCACAUAGACUUUGGAUAUAUUUUGGGUCGGGAUCCGAAGCCUCUUCCUCCACCAAUGAAGCUGAAUAAAGAAAUGGUAGAAGGAAUGGGGGGCACACAGAGUGAGCAGUACCAAGAGUUCCGUAAACAGUGUUACACGGCUUUCCUCCACCUGCGAAGGUAUUCUAAUCUGAUUUUGAACUUGUUUUCCUUGAUGGUUGAUGCAAACAUUCCAGAUAUUGCACUUGAACCAGAUAAAACUGUGAAAAAGGUUCAGGAUAAAUUCCGUUUAGACCUGUCGGAUGAAGAGGCUGUGCAUUACAUGCAGAGUCUGAUCGAUGAGAGUGUCCAUGCUCUUUUUGCUGCAGUGGUGGAACAGAUUCACAAGUUUGCCCAGUACUGGAGAAAAUGAAACUGGGAGUGACGCAUCAAGAUGCUUGGCUCAAUAAGAAAACCACGUUAGGGGCAACCUAUGUAUAUUGGAGACUUCAGAGUAACCAGCAAGGAACAGAAAACUUAAUCGUCAAGUUAUCAUAUUUUCCAGAUAUUACAUGGUACCUGAAUUCUACUUCCUUGGAUGUCAUUGCUUAGAUAUAGUCCUGAAGGGUUUGUUGUGAAAUAUUGUAUAUAUUUUUUCAAAUGUAUACCUUGUUAAUAAAUUAAGAAAUGAGAAAUAUUUAUUUACAUGUUAUGAGAGUUCUGGAGGAAGUAAUAUGUUGAAAUAGCAAAACAGUUUAGUUUUUGAGUUUAAAAUGUUAUGUUUUCCUCUUAUAUCUUCAUAUCAGGACAGCAGUAACCUGAAUUUAGAUUGUCACAGUUUACAAGUUUUUGUUUGUUCCUUCCUUCCUCUCUCUUUUCCCACUCACUUUUGUUUGUUGUUUUUUCCUAAUUUACAUGUUUAAAGUUCUACUUAAAAGUUUUCUUCAAGUUUUCCAUGUUAUGGCUCAUUCUUUUGCAGUUCAAGAAUUGCUUAUAUUUUUAAAAGAUACUCAUUUUCUCUUAUACAUAAUUGAUUUUUUGUAAACUACAGUUCAUAGUUCUUUUAGCUUGUAAGUAUGAAUAUAGUAGAAUAUGAAAAUGUGGCUAUUUAGAUAACUAGCCAAAAGGUCGUCUGACCACCAGUUUUAGUAUUGAGCGUAAGAUAUUUUUAUAGAUUCAUGUAAGGCAAUGUAAAUUGUCUUUCUACAAUAAAGUUUUUUGAUGCAAAUUUAGAUUUCAGAAACUUUUUGAUGGUAUAAAGGAACUGAGGAACAAAAGGCUUUUUGAAAUAGCUCACCUAGACCUGUUAAUGUAAUAUAUUCUUUCUGAGUUAACCAAAUUAAUUUUUUGUUUUUUAAGACUAGAUCUAAUCCCUCUAGCUUUUUUGCUGGAACUUUGGGGAAAAAGAACAAAUACAAAUAUACAAAUGAUAUGAACAAUAUAGUAAUAAUCUUUUGCAACUUAAUAUGUUACAUAGUCAUAUGACUUGGUCUUGGAAGACAAAGAAUUGUUUUGGUGCUGAAUAAAUAUUAAAAAUCAAGUGACAGAGAAAAUGAAGGUAAAAUUGUGGCACAGUUUCAGAGAGGGCCAUUAAUGAUAAUGUGUAUUUGUCUCAAAUUCUUAGCCCUGAGCUUGCCUCUUUAGAGUGGUGUUACCAGCGAGAGGGCAAGCAUGUAAUUAAGAGACACUCUAGAGGCAUAUGGAAUGUGAUUUGUAUAAAACAUACCUGCUGAUUAGAAAAAUGGUAAGAAUGAAAAUACCUUUAUACAUCAUCUUAAGAGAGCGUAUAUCUAAACUAAAUGGGCAGGCCUCAUCCUCUACCUUUCUUUUUCUUUUCUUUGCGUGUUUAUGUCUUUUUUGUUGUUCAGACAUUUUUAUCCCUCUGCAUGCUCAUUCUUGUAGUUCCAUUUCUAUUGGCACUUCCUCCAAAAUUUUUCUCUGAAUUACCUUUGUUGAAAGUGACCUUUCUUCCUUGUGAACUCCUACACUUGCAUCUCCUAUUUCAGGGUUUGGCAUAUUUUUUCUUUAAUGGGCUAAGAAAGUAAGUAUCUUCAGCUUUGGGGGACAUAUGGUCUCAAUAGCAUCAACUUAACUCUGCUAACUGGAAGGCAAAAGUGUAUCAUCUUACUCAUCCAUAAACUCCACAGCACUCUGCAUAGAUAGGAGCCUGUUUAUAACGAAGUCAAUAAAUAAUUCUGACACAGACAUAAAAUUCUCUAAGGGCAGAUAGACACUGACACCUAGUAAGAAAGGUUGAUCAUGAGUAACUUUGUAUUCAGUGCCACCUUAGCAAGAAUUGUAAAGAGGAAAAACCUUUCUAGGAAGGGUGACGCGUGCUGGGUGAGGAAGGAGCGUCUCUCAGGAGGGUGAACAGUAGCUGUGGAUUUGCUGAGAGAUUUUGGCUGUGAGUGACAAGCCUAUAUCAAAAAGAAAAGUGACUUAUCAAUCUCAGUUUUUAUUGCUCAAAGCAAUUCUUCACUCCUAAUUUUUCCAAAUUCCAUUGUUUUUACUCUUUAGAGCUCUAUCCUGAGUGUAGUCUGCAUGUUUCUUUAUUGUCAUUGCCAUGUGACUUCUUUGGUGACAAGUUCAGUAAUAUUUCAAGCAUGAUGUUUGUUUUGAGUUUGAGAAAUGUGUUUGUGAGGACACAUCACUUUAAUUAAAAAGUGUGAAUACUAUGGUCAUUAAGUUAUUCAGAGUGAGAUUUCUGAGUGGGGGAGAGAGAAUGUAGAUGGCAGUUAUUGAGAGUGGGGCUAUAGGAAAGAAAGAAGAAAAGUAUGGUUAACAUUCCCAAAUAAAGGGUGAUACAGUCUUGCUUUUUGCUGGGGUUAGCAAAAAUCAUUCUCCAUAUGCUAGUUUUAGAUGUUCCCCAGUUCAUUUGUAUUAUUGAGUUUUCAACUGGGUAUAUAUUGUUAUAAUAGCAGUCAACAUGAUGUAGGGGCUCGGUAUUACAUGUCAGGACUAUAUUAAUUGCUUCAUGUGCCUUAUCUCAUUAUUCUAUGAGAUAGAAUUGUCUCCUCAUUUUUUAGUUGCAGUAACUGAAGUUUAAAGCAAUUGAAUCAUCUGCCCAAGAAUAAGCUGCUGGUGAGAGCACAGUUGGGAUUUAAGUCGAGUUAGGCCCCAGUGAUCACAGUCUUGACUGUUAAAUUCUUCCAGCCUUCAUUUUUCACUGAGAUAAUGGUAAUGAUAGUACUGACCUCUAAUGUGUGCGUUUGUGGGUGUGUGGUCCAUUCAGCUUUAAUCCCCAGAAGACAAGACUUAUUCCUUUUCUUAUUUUUGGUCAUGUUUUAUUUUUCCAUUGCUUUUAACAAGAUUACCAAAGGCACACUCAGUAGUCAGUAAACACAUUUCUAAGAAAGGUGUUGUGUCAUCAUGCCACAUAUUCAUACUUGCCUUGGGUUGGAAAAUAUAUCAUUCAGUAAAAACAUACAGGUAAAAUAAAUCUUGCCAAUGCAAUUGUUAACCUACAAUCCUAAUAUACCUUAAGUAUAUCCUUGCACAUAAAUAUAACAUUGCCAUUUAAAACGAUAAACCAAGUUGAGAUUCUUAGGAGCAUGUUGUAAGUAAUUACUAAUGUUUGCUUUAUUUUAGAUAGAUCACACAACUUCAAAUAAAAACUGAUAUAGAUUGAACACCCUGAGAAUAAACCUUAGUGCCAAAUGGAAAAUAAUUUUUUACAAGUAAAUUUGAAGAACAAUGUGGACUUUCUAUAAUUAUAUACAGAAAAUAUACUGAUUUACCAAAUGAGUAAUUUUGAUAUAUUAAUAUUUCACUUAUAAGAAUGCAUACCACCUGAUCCAGGAUGGGAGCAAGGAACAGAAAAAGAACAUUAGGUAAAAAUGAAAGAAAUCUGAAUAUAGUAUGGAGUAGCUAAAAACAAACCCCCCAAAAAAGGAAAAACAGAAUAAGCCUUAGAAGAUAGUGAGCAUCCCACUUGGGUGACCACUUACAGAAGCUGAGGUGGGACCCCUGCAUCUGAUAAGAGGUUGCACUAGACCACAGGAACCACAUUCCACUAUAAGAACUAGGGUGGGACUGGACAUGUCAAAACCUCCUGGGACCUCUAUUAAAUGUGCACAUUCCCAAUCCCCACUCCUGAGCAGCUAAAUCAAUCUGCAGGUGGGCCUUAUGAGUUUUCCCAGGGGAUUCCGAUGCCUGCUAGAUUUAAACAGUAGAUUAGAUGUUAAGUUUUCCUGUAGUCCAGAGAUUCCAUAGGCCAGUGUCAGGGAACAGGGGUCAGGGCUGGGAAGGCAUUAGAACAGAAGAUAUAUUUGAGGCUCUGUUACGCUGGUCAUCCAACCCAACCAGAUAUCUCUUGUUAUAUGCUAACCUCAUUUUCUCUUUAUUGUCUAUAGUGGCAUAAAAUAAAUUUUAUGUAGCCAAAAAACCUAACAAAAAGCACUUUUCUGUAUAAUGAGUAGUUUAUUUUAAGAAUGGGUACUACGUAAAUACUGGCAAGUGAAAGUUCAUUUUGUUCAGUGCUAUGGGCUGGUGCGUUGCAUUUCAACACUAGCUUCUUACUUUUAUCUACCCUGAGGGUAGAUAACCCAUAUUCUAAAAUGCAGUAUCAUUUUCAUUUACUGUUAGUAACAUUUUAAGAAAUAUGUAGUUUCUAAAACUUCAUAUACUUUAUGUGGAAUAUGAACAACUUUAAUAUAAAUAGUCUAGAAAAAAACUGGUUUUUUUAGGAAAAAUUGUCACGAAAUCAUGAGCUAAGUCAAUGGUUAUUUUAAGCCACUUAAUUCUGAGACUAGUAUUUCAUACAGAAAAAGCUAAUACUGAUAUCACAUGCUAAUUGCGUAUAAAACACUAGGAAUGUCAAAAUAGAACAUAAGAAAAUGAAUCUAGUGGACCCACUGCAUAGUGUAACUUUGGGAUGAAUUUAAAAUAAUAUUUAAGUCACAGUCAAUUUUCUGUUGGUCUGAUUUUACCAAAUAACCCCCUAAAUAAGGAGUCUGAUUUAUCUAAAAUAGAAGUUAACGUAGCAUCCCAGUAUUGCCAUUCUAAAACUCUGGCGUGUAAAUGGGAGAAAUAGAAAUAAGCUCAAACUCGGUAGAGUAACCAUUUCUUCAUGAACCAUAGCAUUUAACUAGAAUUUGGCCAGCUCAUGCCUGUAAUCCCAGCAUUUUGGGAGGCCAAGGCAGCCAAAUCACUUGAGCCCGGGAGUUCAAGACCAGCCUGGACAACAUGGUGAAACCCCAUCUCUUCAAAAAUACAUAUAUUUUUGUGUGUGUAUGUGUGUGCACAAAAAUUACCUAAGCAUGGUGGUGCAUGCCUGUAAUCACAGCUACCUGGGAGGCAGAGGUUGCAGUGAGCUGAGAUCGCAUCAUUGCACCCCACCCUGGGUAACAGAGCGAGACGACUCUAUCUCAAAAAAAAGAAUUUCACUAGAAUUUAUAUCUUCAAUGUUUACAUUAGAUUGUCACCAGCACUUUCUGCCUUGUGACUGUCAGGACUAAUCCUUACAUUGUUUAUCGUAUGUCCUUUACCUCAGUUUAUGUCCAUCACCACAAGAAACCCAGACCUCCCUAAUCAUACCUUAUGCCCUGGUCUUACCCGCAUAUGGCUCGAUACAGCUGCAUCUCCCCAAACCUCAGAACUCCUUGGGCCAUCAUUGUCAGAGACAUUUGAACCAGAGCAACUCCAUCUUGAAUAGGGGCUGGGUAUAAGGAAGCUGAGAGCCACUGGGCUGCGUUCCCAGGAAGUUAGGCAUUCUUAGUCACAGGAUGAGAUAAGAGAUUGGCUCAAGGUAAGGUCACAAAGACCUUCCUGGUAAAACAGCAUGUGGUAAAGAAGCCAGCCAAAACCCACCAAAACCAAGAUGGGAAUGAAAGUACCUCUGGUCAUCCUCACUGCUCAUUAUACACUAGUUAUAAUGCAUUGGCAUGCUAACAGACACUCCCACCAGCACCAUGACAGUUUACAAAUGCCAUAGCAACAUCAGGAAGUUAUCCUAUAUGGUCUAAAAAGGGGAGGAACCCUCAGUUCUGAGAACCACCCUUUUCCUCGAAAACUCAUGAAUAAUCCACCCCUUGUUUAGCGUAUGAUCAAGAAAUAACCAUAAAAAUAGCCAACCAGCAGCUCAUGCUGCUGCUCUGCCUAUGGAGUAGCCAUUCUUUCUUCAUAAACCUGCUUUCACUUUAUGGACUCCCCCGAAUUCUUCUGCAGGAGAUCCAAGAACCCUCUCUUGGAGUCUUAAUCGGGACCCCUUUCCAGUAACCUCAGCAGGAUCUGUGAGUGCCAGUUUGCUUCUGUGGGGAAAAACUAAGUGCUAAGUACACUUUUUUCCCCUUUUCUCUGUUUUUAAGAGAACUUUCUGCCCUUUUGAAGUGGCUACAUUGUCUGGGGUACAUACCCUGGAGUUCAUUGUCACAGGAGAAUUUAGGACAGACACACGAGGAGUUUAGGAAGGGGAGGUUUAAUAGGUAGAAGAGAAGGGAAAGAGAAACAGCUUCCUCUAUAGAUAUCUGCACUCACACCGUGCAUACCUCCAGGCUUUAAGGCAUGGCCCAUAAUGUGUCUCCGAGUGGAAAAAACUGAUGGUCUCCAAGUGGAAAAGACCAGUUGGUGGUGAAUGUGCCAGAUUUUCUAGUCCGGUUUGAGAAGGUGGUUUCUGAUUGGUUCGAUCAGGUAUGACAUUUGGAUAGUGCAUGUGGAAGGCUGGUCGCCCCUCUCUGAUCUUGUGCAAAUAGGCUUUCCAGUUGAUUGGGCCCAUCUUGUCUAACACGUGGCUGGCAGAGAAGGGAAGAUGAAGCCACCAUCUUGAAAAUGUCUAGUCGUUAGUUUCUGCUGGCAUUCACCCAUGCAAGCUCCCAGCUUGUUUGUCUAUGUCUGCAGCUCAGCUUUACAGACUGCUCUUUGUUAGAAAAUGAUUUGGAGCUGCUUUUCGUUAAAGAGAAAAGCCUUACCGGGGACUCCCAUACCCUUACUAUCUGCUUAAGUGAUUUCUUCUUAACUCCUAUAUCACUUUUACACAGCACAAAAUGAUGUGUCCAUAAAUGAGCCUUUGCAAGACUACCAUUUAUCAAACAAAACCAGUGAUGUUUAGUUAACUGUUUGUAAUAGUAAAUGGUUAGUAGAAUGUCUAAUUCAAUAAAUGUUUCAUAAAUGAGUAAA